AUGUGGAGCCGGGGUCGUGACGUCCAGCUGUGUGCCCUUGUGGUGGUGGCGCUGGCCACCCUCCAGCAGGCAGAGGCGGCCGCAUUACCGCCCGCAGCAGGACGAGCUGGAGGCUGCUCGGUGGACAUUAACGACGAGUCAGCGUUCCCGGAUCCGCAGCCACUGUUCCUGCUGCCGGGCGGCAGCGCCGACGCGAAGGGCUUCUGGGAGCCGGAGGUGUCCAGCGAGCUGCUGACGCUGCAGCAGGGCGACCAACUCAACCUCGCCUGCACGGGCGCCGGCAACGUCCUCACUGUGCUGGGCGUCGCAGAGGCGACAGCGACGUGCGUGUCCGGCACGACAUUCUUGGUGGACGGGCGCAGCUACGCGCUGAGCGACCUGAAGUGCAGCUCCCUCCCAGACAGUUCGCAACGUGACACGCAGCAGACCUGUGGCGCCUCUGCCGGCGUCUACCCGCUACUGCAGAUCGGCUUCGAGCUAUCCACCGGUUUUGUCAAGCUCAUCGACAUCUGCUUCGAUGACACGCGACUGACGACGCUCUACGCGCAAGAGACCAUAGUGGCUGGCAUCGGUGGCUACCAAAGCGGCUUCCCUAGACCCAACUGGAUGCAAGGCGACUUCUUCGGCGACAUAGACGUAAACACGGCGUACACAAAGAACAAACAGCGCGAGACUAUUUCGGAGAUACUCGGUUCGAGCGAGCUGGGGGACCAGUACGUCGCGUCUGGCGACUACUACUUGUCUAGGGGCCACUUGUCUGCCAAGGCCGACUGGGUGUUCGGCUCGCAGCAGACCGCCACCUUCUGGUUCCUCAACGCGGCACCCCAGUGGCAGACCUUCAAUGGUGCCAACUGGGAAACGGUGGAGAGCAACGUACGCUACUACGCGCGCAAGAAAGGUGCCGACCUGACGGUAUACACUGGAACCUACGGCGUCGCCACGCUGCCCAACGUGGACGGCGUGGAGACAGAGCUGUACCUGGUGGCUGACACCAAGCAGAUCCCCGUGCCGAAGCUGUACUGGAAGUUGGUGCACGACGCAGCCAAUGACGCGGGCGUAGCUCUGAUCGGUAUAAACAAUCCGUAUGUGUCCGACCCCGGAGACGACUACUACCUGUGUCCCGACGUGUGCAGCAAACUCAGCUGGGUCACUUGGGACUCCAGCGACCAGACGAAAGGCUUCAGCUACUGCUGCGAAGUCAGCGAGUUCCAGAAGGUCGUCUCGGUGUUGCCAGAAAUCAGCGUCAGCUCACUGCCUACUCUCUAG